GGUGGACAUCAAUCCUUGCACCAUGAUCCUGCUGUUCUUCAACAACUGAUGAAUCAAUAUGGAGCUGUCCCACACCUUUUGCAGGGGACGUCGCCUCUCGGAAUGCUGACACCUUCAACAAAUGAUCUUGCAGGAGGAGCUCUUGGUUCGCAACACCAACACCUACUUCAUAACUCUCAGGGGUUGAUGAAUAUGGGAAACAAUCCGAGUGGCGCUAUGGGUGGAAAUAAUCUGCUUGCUAGACCGUCGAUGUUCAUUGAUCAACAGCAUCAGCAUGCACUGCAGCAAGCUUUAGGCGGAGCGCAGGGGGGUGGCAGAUUCAGUCGUGCGGUGUUUGCGACAGGAUCUGCACUAGUUGAUGCGCUAGAC